CGGGCGCGCUCAGCCCCGGGCCAGCGCGGGACGUGGGUGAGCCGUGUUGCUGGCGGUGCUGGCGGUGGUGGUGGUGUCAGUGGGCAGAGCUGCGCACAGGUCUGGGCGCGGCCGGGGUUUGAGGGGCUGCCCAACUCCCUCUCCCUGGACCUUUGGAGGCGUUGGGUGGGUGGAGGGACAACACAGGUGAAAAAAGAAAUCGCGGUGGCGAAGCUGCUGGGAUGUUGGCGGAGGAGGGGGUCCGCCCACCCGGGUAACCGGCUCUGUGCAGAGAAUCGCUUUAGGCUUUGGGCGUCCAAGCUCCCACCCCUCCCAGGCAGACCCCGGCCCCGGGACAGGGGGCUCUGAAGCUGAGCUCCCUGCCCGUCCCAUACCUCUCAUCAGCAACCCCUCUCCGCACGCCCCCUCCCUGUUCCUGGGAGCUCCUUCCUGCCCCUUCCCCUGCGCGGAAAGAUGCAAGUCCGGGGAGAUGAAUGUCACCCGCGCCUCGGAGCCCUUGAUCAAUAUCGCAAUCUCGGCGGCUGAGACGGUGCAUUCGGAGGUCCUUCUCCUCCUGGGGCUGAGUCCCGUCUCUGCCUCCCUCCACGACCAGCACUGCGAGAGCCUGUCCCUGGUCAGCAACAUCUCUGGACUGCAGUGCAAUGCAUCCGUGGACCUCAUUGGCACCUGCUGGCCCCGGAGCCCCGCAGGGCAGCUGGUGGCUCGACCCUGCCCUGCCUUUUUCUACGGUGUCCGCUACAACACCACAAAUAACGGCUACCGGGAAUGCCUAGCCAACGGCAGCUGGGCUGCCCGCGUGAACUACUCGGAGUGCCAGGAGAUCCUCAGUGAGGAGAAGAAGAGCAAGCUGCAUUACCACAUCGCUGUCAUCAUCAACUACCUGGGCCACUGCAUCUCCCUCGUGGCCCUCCUGGUGGCCUUUGUCCUGUUUCUGCGACUCAGAAGCAUCCGGUGCCUGAGAAACAUCAUCCACUGGAACCUCAUCUCGGCCUUCAUCCUGCGAAAUGCCACGUGGUUUGUGGUCCAGUUCACCAUGAGCCCUGAAGUCCACCAGAGCAACGUGGGAUGGUGCCGGUUGGUGACAGCUGCCUACAACUACUUCCACGUGACCAACUUCUUCUGGAUGUUCGGGGAGGGCUGCUACCUGCACACGGCCAUCGUGCUCACCUACUCCACUGACCGGCUGCGCAAGUGGAUGUUCAUCUGCAUUGGCUGGGGUGUGCCUUUCCCCAUCAUCGUAGCCUGGGCCAUUGGGAAGCUGUACUAUGACAAUGAGAAGUGCUGGUUUGGCAAAAGACCUGGAGUGUAUACCGACUACAUCUACCAGGGCCCCAUGAUCUUGGUCCUGCUGAUCAAUUUUAUCUUCCUUUUCAACAUCGUUCGCAUCCUUAUGACCAAACUUCGGGCGUCCACCACGUCUGAGACCAUUCAGUACAGGAAGGCUGUGAAGGCCACUCUGGUGCUGCUUCCGCUCCUGGGCAUCACGUACAUGCUGUUCUUCGUGAACCCCGGGGAGGAUGAGGUCUCUCGGGUCGUCUUCAUCUACUUCAACUCCUUCCUGGAAUCCUUCCAGGGCUUCUUCGUGUCUGUGUUCUACUGUUUCCUCAACAGCGAGGUCCGCUCUGCCAUCCGGAAGAGGUGGCACCGAUGGCAGGACAAGCACUCGAUCCGCGCCCGUGUAGCCCGUGCCAUGUCCAUCCCAACGUCCCCCACCCGUGUCAGCUUUCACAGCAUCAAGCAGUCCACAACGGUCUGAGCUGGAAGGCCAUGGAGCAGCCCCCCGAGAUCUAUGGUGGGGAAGAUGGUCGCCAGACUCAGUCGGCCACCCUGUCUGUGGAGGGGACCAGCUCCUUCCCACACACUGUACCCCCAGGAGCCCAGACCUGGAGGCCCCUCCCUGACCCCUGGCUGAGCAAGAGUUCUAGGCCUAUGAGAGAAGCCACCAUCUGGGCCACAGGACAAAUGGAAAAUAACCCACAGGACUGGGCUGGGCCCGUCCUCCUCAGAGAAUGAACUGGGAGAGGAGUGGGAAUGGGGAGACGGGAAACCCAAAGCAGCACCGCCCCUCCUUCUCCCAGAGCACAAGGUGGCCAGCGCCCUGGAGACCUAGGGCUUCCUCGGUAACUGUGGGGGCCAUUCGCUGCUCCAGGGGCAUCAUGGGAAACUCUCGUGACAGCAUCCUAACCACCAUGAUGACGCCUCCAGGCCUUAGCAAUGCCUUCCAACACCGCUGGGCACCAGUGCCAUGUUGUCAGAGCCCUAGAGAUGUUAGAAAUCAGUGGCACCAUCAGACAUCAGGCCAUAUCACUAGAAAUCCUCCCAAGCCACCAGAACUUCCUGUGGCCCUGUGGCACUGCCACCAGAAAUGCCCUGCCUUGCUGCUUUGCACCCUUGGACCUUUACUACCCUACUGGCCACAUGGGCUCCCUCUCCCUAACCUCCUGACUCAGGUGUCUCCCGCUUUGUGAGAAGAUGGGGGAUGGGAGGGUGACGAGGGGCCUGUGAGCAAGAGCCAGGAUGUGCCCCAGCUGAGCCAGCCUCCCUGUGAGAGGCAGAGAAUCAGAGUUGGGGCCAUCAGCCUGCUGGCUUCAGAGACCUGGCCUCUGGGCACAGGGAGCUUGUGGCCUCCAGAUGGCCUCUGGGGCAGCAUCGUUAGCUAAGCCAAGAUAGGAGAAGGGGCGGGACACUCAGGCCCUCUCUGCCCCUAGUGCCCCGGGGCAACUAGCUAGCUGAUAGCUUAGCCCCUGGUAUAGACUAGCCCAGUCCUCAUUGGACUCACCCAUGUCCAGAGGUGCUGGACAGCCAGAGCAGGGCUUUGGGGGUGCAGGGGUGGGAGAUGGGGGUGGCUGAUGUAAAUAAUAAUAUUUAUCUUUCAACCAGCAUUUGUGAAGUUCUGGGCUGUGCUGGGGCUGGGUGGAGAGGGCCCCGCAGAGAAAUGGAGGCCGUUUUCAGUGUUCAGGGCUGUUGUGUGGCUGGGAAAUGUGAUGGCACUCACGCACCCGUCAGGGAAGACAGGGUACUGAGGGGAAGAGCUGGGCCCUGCCAGGCCCAGUUGAGAAGGACAGCUCUUACAAGGGAGAGAAGGACCGCGGGUGACUGAUGCCAGCAAAGGACAUGGUGGCAGGGGUACAACUUGAGUGAAGGUAUAGCAGUGGGACCAGACAGGAGAGUGUCCCAGCCCCAAAGGAGGAGCUGAGCUGGAAAUGGGGAGUCGGUAUGGAGGUGAGGCCAGGAAAGGAAGGCGGCAGGAAGAGUCGGUGGGCACAGGCCGUGCCACUCUGGGCAGCGGGAUCUUAUUCUGCGGUGGAAGCUUGGGGACCUGGAGUGGGACACAUGCCUCUGUCAUCCAACGCGGGAGGCGAGGGAUAUUUAUCCUCCAACUCCUUCAGUCGCGAGGUGGAGGCUGCUCCCAGGGGUCAUUAAGGCCCUUGCAUUUCCCAGAGCCACGUGGACCGUGGGGAGACCAAGAGUGCGGCCAGCACAGCAGUGUGUGGUGUGUGGUGGGUGCCGGUAUGUGGAGUGGGCUGGUCACAGGAGCUCCACCCCUGGCACACAGGGCCUGGGUCUCUGACCAGGGAGGGAGGGCCGCACAGCUGUGUGUCCACGCACCCAAGGGCGUGUGCUGUAGGACACGAGGAACCCGCUGACAUGACUGCUUCUGAGAGCCCCAAAGCUCCUUGGAGGAAUGAGAGGUCCAGUGGGUGAGGGUCUGGCCCCAGAGAAGAGCUACGGGUGUCCCUGAAAGCCAUGUGGGGUCCCCUGCUCUGCCAACUCCACAAGC